CAACCAGAACCUCUUGUAUCAUCUUCAACGGCCUUUUCGCCUGAUUCAAGUCUUCGCAUUCGAGGGAGAUCAGAGUCCACCCGUUUACGCAGCUUGUCGCUUUUCCCCCGUUUCCUUUCGUUCGCCCGUCCUCGCGUUAUCGCCAUUGCCAGUACGAUGAACAGAUCAACCUCCCUCACCUCCGCGUUCCGCUCCCUCACCCUCUCCAUCCCCUCAAACAUCGCUGCCCGUACCUUCUCCUCCACCGCCCCCGUACACAAGGUCACCAAACGCAGACUUGCAGCCAUCCGUCUAAAGAAGAAGAACAUCGCCAGGCAGGCAGAGCUCAAGGUGCAGCGCACGAAUACUAGUGACUACAUCCUUGGACGACCAACAGAGUUUACCAGGGGCCUCCUCCGCCCGACAGAGAUUCUCUUGUCCUCGACCGAGAAGGUUCAAAAAGAAUGGCCUGACCGGGCCAAUUUCUUCGUCACCUCAGAACACGCCCGCGAAGUCUUUGACGCAGCCGAGGAAGCAGAAAUCCGUGCCCUUGACGCAACACCCGAAGAAAUUGAGGAAGGAACCAAGAUCUUCCUCGCUGGUGGCCCCAACCAGGAAGAAACCGUCCAAAGCAAGCCUUUGCUUUCCGAAUUGCAGGCUACGUCGGACGAUGCGCAACAAUUCUUCGAAAACAAACCCGCAAAACUAAACACCAUGUCUCCCGCCUACCAAGUCGCUGAGAUCCGUAAAGUGGCUGCACACAAGAAAGCUGCAAUGGCACGUAUUCUCAACCUCGAGCAAUCCAACUCCCCGGCCCUUCAACUUAAAAACAUCGAGUACGCUCGUCUCCAGUUCCAGCGCGCUCCGGGAGAUACUGGCUCGACCGAAGUCCAAUCCGCGAUCUUGACGGCCAGGAUCCACUUCCUUGCCUCACACUGCAAAGUCCAGAAGAAGGACCUUGCUGCCUGGAAGAGUUUGAGGGAGAUGGUGCACCAGAGGCAGGGUUUGUUGAAGUAUCUGAGAAGAAAGGAUCCGGAGUCGUAUGUGAAGACGAUCACGAGAUUGGGAUUGGAUGAUUACUCGGUUACGAGGGAGAUUACUAUGUAAGGUGGUGGUGAAAAGAGAGUGUGUGAUUAUAAGUUGGCAAAAGGCUAUUUGUUCA